AUGCCAUCUCGAUUCGAGAUAUUGCCUAGUGAAUUAUUUUUAUGUUUUCGAAUAUUUAUCCACUCUAAUGUAUUCACCAGGCUAAAUCAAUUAAAAAAAUUAUCGUUGAAAAUCGAAACUUCUCAUCACCCAACAAAUGGUUACGACUGGGAAGACAUAUUCAAGUGUUUAUUAAAUAUCAAAAAGCUCGAUUUUUAUGUUUAUAAUCAAAAAGUUGACAGCGUUAAUUUAUCUGUAUUAACUAAAUCAUUUCAAACAGAUCUUUAUGUAAAACGUCAAUGGCAUUUUGUAUUUGACUACAGUGAAGGAAGACGUAUAUUACAAAUUUAUAAAAUGCCAUGUAUCAUUAAACGUAAAUACUUUGAUCAUGAAUUGACAAUCACUAUUGUAGACAAUAAUAAUACUGAAAAUUUGUCGAUCUGCAAGAAACUAUCGAGUGCCUUCGAACGAAUGCCACCAAUACGGUUAUAUUAUUUGAAUGUUAAAUCAUUAAAAGUAUCUUAUUUAAAUAGUUAUUUAUUUGCUUAUUCAGAUAGACCAUCCACCAAUAGUAAACAACUAAUAGAAAUAUUAAGUAAUCAAGUUAUAUGUACACAUUAUUCAUUAAGAUUAAUUCGAAAAUUAGAUUUUCCAAAAGCUAUUACUCAAGGUAAUGUUAUACAAUCUUCAAAUAUAUUUGAAAAUGUUGAACAAUUACGUUGUGUAUUUAACAUUUUAAUCCUAUAGCUCUUAGUACUCUGUCGCUCUGUCGAUAUGAUGAGGGUGCAUUUCUAACGUAUUCAGCAUUGCUUUUCAUCUAGAAAACCAUACUAGUAGUAAUAGCACGAAGCAUACUUUUGUGGAGCAAGGCAAGGCGAAUCUUCUGGCGUACGAAAGAGUCUCUAGUUCUCAUGGUAAAAAACUAGGUAGCAUUGCGCGGUGAGGACCUCAGAUUCGAGUGAUCAGUGUUUAAUCAGCUACAAGAGUUUAAGGCCUGAAAAAAAGUCAUCGAAUGACAAGUGCAAUCUUUUCCACUUGAUUUUUGAAUUAGCGGCGCCUUACUCUCACAUCCCAUGUAAAUAUUUUUCGAUCGUAGACGCGUCUGAAAACGCGUUUUAUGCUGCGCUUAAUCGCUUCGAAAAUGCACCAUUUGCUAGCGUUUAAACGCGUUUUUCCCAGGCGCGUUUAAACGCGUUUUUCCAAGACGCGCUUAAACGCGUUUUAUCAGGGGAAGGCGCGCUUAAACGCGUUUUUACUAGACGC